AUGUUGGAUGAUGAAGCCAACCCAGUUCUCUUUAAUCCCUUCUCCAGAGUUCAUAUCCAACUCCUAUUGAUUCCUGUUGAAUUCUUCAACCCAAUUGAUAGGUCCAAAUUUGCCCAAAUUAAGAAGGAUUUUAUCAGCGAAGCAAUCUUGUUUGCAGACCCAUCACAUUCCAACAACUUUGGGGUGGUGGUGAUGAUCUACGGCACUCUCUCAAGCCUUGCAUUCUGUAAGCAAGGAGACACAACAUGGACCAACUUUGCAGGUGAAAAUCGAGGCUACUAUGACAUUAUAUGCCAUGAUAAUCGGCUUUAUGCAUUAAGAUACAAUUGUUCAGUGGAAGUGUGGGAAUUUCAGAGUGCUCUUCCAACAAAAAUCUUGAUUAUUGAACCUACAACAACACUGAAACAUGUUGAUGGUAAACUUCCCAGAGACAAAGUUUCAACUCAGUUGUAUUUGGUGAAGAUAUCAAGUGACUUCUUGAUCAUCCAACGCACCAUUGGAAAUUUUGUAAAUGCAGAAGGAGAUGUUGUUGAUGAAUCUUACUUACUCAGUUCCAGUGACACACAGCCUUUGGUUUGUCCAUACCGUACAAAGUUGUUUUGUGUCUACAAGUUAGAUUUGAGCAAGAAAAAGUUGGUAAAGGUGGAGUCUUUGAAGGAUCAAGUUGUGUUUUUGGGUGGAAAUCAGUCGAUGUCAGUGUCUAGUCAUGAUUUUUCAGAGUGCAUAUCAAAUUCAAUUUAUUUCACGGAUGAUCGAUGGUCUGAGAUGGACGUGGACAACAUGUAUGGUGGCCAUGAUUUUGGAUUGUUCAAUUUAGAUGAUGAAGAGAUUAGGCCAAUUUACCAUUCUGAUUUGGAGAAAUUUGAUCCACCACCUUUUUGGAUUACUCCUAAUCCAUGGUUUGAGUUUUUCAGCAAUGGUAUAUGCUUGCAAAGACCUUGGCUGAGGAGGCUGCUUGGACAUUUGCUAAAGAGAAUGGCGUUGAUUUGGAACUCAAAUAAUCCCCGAUGGAAUAAUAGGGAUGUUGCAAAUGCACGUAUUCAAGCAUUUGAGAUUCUUGCUGCUAGUGUGAGAUACUGUUUAGUUGGAGAAGUUAACACAUUAUUCUGA